AUGAACGUACGUCCCGCCCAAAGACUUCCACAACGAGCUCCAGUAGCCAAUCAACAAGCACCCGGAAAACUUCCUGACCGCCGAAUAGGUGCUGGUGUUCCUAAUCGUGUUGGUGCCCUUCCUGGUGCAGCCUCAGGUUUCACCACAGGAGGUGUCGAACCAUGGGCAGUGACCGAAUGGACUGAAUACUACAUUCCAACUGUUGCUGGUAACAAACGUCCAGUUAUCUAUGUCGCUGCCCCAUUGAAUCAAUGUGCUAUGGGAGGAAUGGGAGGAAUGGGAGGAAUGGGAGGAAUGGGAGGUUUUGGUGGCAUGGGAGGCAUGAGUGGCAUGGGUGGCAUGGGCGGUGGCUUUCCAAUGCUUCGCUAA